GAAGUCGCUCGCUGCGGCGGUGGGCGGGGCGGGUCGCCCGGGUCCCGGCCGCGAGCCCAGUCCGGCCCAAGGAUGUCGGCCACGCUGGACCUGAAGUCGAAGGAGGAGAAGGAUGCGGAGCUGGACAAGCGCAUCGAGGCGCUGCGCAAGAAGAACGAGGCCCUCAUCAAGCGCUAUCAGGAGAUUGAGGAGGACCGUAAGAAGGCAGAGCAGGAGGGCAUCGCGGUGACGGCUCUGCGCCGGGUGCGACCCGCUGAGGGCGAGCCUGAGCGGAAAUGGGUGGACAAGGAUCUCUCCAUCACUGUCCAGGUCAUGCUCUCCCCUGGGGAGAAGCGUGUUGUCAGUGACAGGAAGUCUCCUGGCGCCCCCAAGCCUGGCCGCAGCGGUGCUCCCCGUGGUUCAGGGCGUGCAGGCCUGCGUCCCUCCAGCCGGUCCCUGCGGACGGAGCCUCCCGGUGACCCUGUCUGGGAAGGGGCCGGGGGGGACAGCGUGUUCCUGGGGGAGCGCGGCGGACGUGGCCGCCGGUCACGGGGCCGGGGGGCAGCCAGUCUAGCGAUGGGGGGAGACGCUGGCCCCGACAGGAAGUCCAAGGAGUGGGAAGAGCGGAGGCGCCAGAAUAUUGAAAAGAUGAACGAGGAGAUGGAGAAGAUUGCGGAGUACGAGCGAAACCAGAGGGAUGGGCUGCAUGAGAAGAAUCCGGUGCGCAACUUCCUGGAUGACCCGCGGCGCAGCGGCCCCUUUCAGGAUGCUGACCGCAAGGAGGGCAGCAGGCGGCACAUCCGCAACUGGGGAGGGGCGGACUUCGACAAGGUCAAGACAGGCAUGGAGCGUGAGAAGGCCUGGCAGGGCCCCGGCCGGCGAUCUGGCCCGAAGGCUGGGGGGACGCUGGACAUGACGCUCUCCAUGACGGGCCGUGAGCGAGCAGAGUACGUGCGUUGGAAGAAGGAGCGGGAGCAGAUAGACCAGGAGCGCCUGGCACGUCACCGCAAACCCACGGGCCAGUGGCGCCGAGAGUGGGAUGCAGAGAAAACGGACACAAUGUUCAAGGAGGGCUCUGUGGCAGCACCAGGCCUGGAAGGGGGCAGCAGACAGGAUGAGAACAAGCGCCUGCCCAAGCCACCUACCUUUGGGGAGUUUCUGUCCCCGCAUCGCACAGAGCGGAGAAGAAAGGGACGGGGCUGUGGACGGAGCCAGGGAACGAGGGCCAAGCCUUACAGCAUGCAUGACAACCGCUGGGAGGAGAAGGAGCCUCUGGCAGCAGCAGCGAGAGUUGAAGGCCUGGGGCAGGAGGUGGAGGAACUAGCAAGCGUGACCUUCCCAGAGCCUCAGCCCUCUCUGAACCCUGAGGAAGAUGAGGACCAGUGGGAGGAUGUCAGUGAGGAGGAAGAGGAGGAAGAUAGCUCUGGGUCAUUGGUCGAGGAUGAAGCACCCCCCAGUGCGUCCCCCAAAGACCAGCGUCCCCUAAAGGCUGGGCAGGCCACAGCUCCCAGACUGCGCAUGCCCCCUGUGGCACCCAGCCCUGGUGGGGGGGCAAGCAAACCCCUGAGCCCCUUCUCCCCCGUGGAAGGCCACCAGCCAGUCUCGGACUGGGGUGAGGAGAUGGACCUGGCCUCUCCUCGCAGCAGCCUAGGGGACAGCCCCUUGCCAGGCCCCUCUGCCCCCCCAGCCCAGUCAAGAGGGGCAUCUGGCGAGACUACAGGGCUGAGCCCCGUGGAGCUGGCCAAGGCCCCCCAGGGGGUGCAGAACCCUGCAGAGCCCCUGCAGCAGGUGGAAGCAAGGCCAACCACAGAGCAGGAGGCCUUGGGAGAUUCAGAGAAGCUGAAAGAGGCACCAGGGAGCCCCCCAGCUGCCCCGGAGGAUGAGACACAAGGAACCCAGGCUUUGCACCACGAGCCAGACACAGAGGCUGCUCCUGGCACAGUGGAAAUCACAGACUUCGAGCGGGAUGGCAAAGCGCCCUGAUGUGCUGGAGUGGCCCUCUGUUAGCGGGGUUGCUCCUGCCGUGACUCCUACUGCUUUCUAGAGACUGUGAGCUGGGGCAGCUCCUCUGCUGCUGGCAGGAAACCAUAUUUUGGGAAUAACUCAUCUGCACCUUGCUGGGGUUGGACUUCCCUUGCUUGUGGGGAGGGGGCUGGAUCUGUUCUGCACCCAAAGGGGAGGUGUGUCAAAGCCAGCCCUGGGUGCUGAGAUGCAUGCAGGAGCACCCAUGUCUGCACUGUGAAAGUGAGCGCUGGAGCACUAACGUAGCAGAGAGGUGGCCGUGGGUGCAGGCAGGUCCCUGCCUGGGCACAAGCUGAGGGUGGGCAGAGGCUCCUGGGGUGAGGGCUCUGACUGCAGCCCCUCUGGUGCUGACCCCCCUCUACAGCUGCCCACUCCCUGCUGCAGAUACCCUGGGUAAAGGCCCUGGCUGCCCGGGGACAGGCCGUGGAGGGCACCGAGGAGUCCUUUGCCCCUUUUCCAGGCCCUUGGGGGUCCCCUUUCUCCCCUCUCACCUGAGUGCAGAAGGUCUGGGGCCCAGGUGCCUCCUGUGCCUGGCAUCCCCAGCUGGAGCUGGGCAGGGAGGAGACUGGUCCCAAGGAGUUGCCUCAUCCUGCAUCAGUGACAACUGAAUCUUUAUAAAAUAAACCUCCAAAACUCU